UUCCUGCGGUUAUAUAAGAGCUCCACUCAAAAUGCAGCAUGCACUUCCUGUGUGGGAUUCAAACACACUCGCUCACUCACGCACACAUGUAAAGCCUCCUCUUUUAACAACAGGCACCGCGCUAGUUCUUUCAACGAGUCAGCUCGCAGAGCGGAGAGAAAGGCAAUGAGUAGCGGGGUGUGGUUUCCUACGGCGGGACUGCUGGCCUGGCUAUGCUGCCUCAGUCUGGGGCCCGUUCAGGGGGGGAAGGUGCUGGUAAUGCCCGUGGAUGGGAGCCACUGGCUCAGCAUGAAGAUACUGGUGAAGGAACUUAGCCAAAGGGGCCACCAGAUCACGGUCCUGGUGCCCGAAAGCAGCCUGUUGAUCAAAACCUCAGACGGCUACGAGACCGAGAUCUACAAAGUGCCCUACACCCAAGCCGAACUGGACGAGAAUUUCAACAAGCUCAAGGAAGGAGUCUUCAUCAAAGCCCCCGGGAUCCAAGAUUUGUUUGCCAAUGUGCAGCGCUUGGUGAACUUCACCUCGCUGCAGGUCAUAGGAUGCGAGGGUUUGCUGAAUGAUGGAACUUUGAUGAAUCGACUGAGGGGAUCCGGGUUUGAACUCAUGCUCACAGACCCAUUUCUUCCCUGCGGCUCUGUCCUGGCGAAAAUGUUCUCCAUUCCAACUGUUUAUUUCCUCCGUGGGCUUCCAUGUGAGCUGGACAUCAAGGCGAACAAGUGUCCCUCUCCUGUUUCCUACCUUCCUGUGGCUUUCUCCGGCAACACAAACCACAUGAACUUCCCCCAAAGAGUGAAGAACUAUAUGACGUCUAUUUUGGAGUCCUAUUUGUGCAAAAUAAUGUAUCAACAUUUCGAUGAUCUAGCCAGCCGGCGUUUUGGAGGAGACAUGACUUAUAGAGAACUAAUAAGCCACGGGGCUAUCUGGCUUCUCAGAUAUGACUUUACUUUUGAAUGGCCCAGACCUCUCUUGCCAAACAUGGUUUUAAUUGGUGGGAUCAACUGCGCAAAGAAAGCCCCUCUGCCAGCCGACUUGAAGGAGUUUGUGGAUGGCUCGGGAGAUGCUGGAUUUGUUGUCUUCACACUGGGUUCAAUGGUGUCUGACAUGCCUGAGGAAAAAUCGAAACUGUUCCUAGAUGCCUUUCGGCAAAUUCCUCAGAGGGUUGUGUGGAGAUACACCGGCAAGCUACCCAAAGAUGUACCAAAGAAUGUCCGAGUCAUGAAGUGGUUACCUCAGAACGAUCUGUUAGCCCAUCCCAAUGCUAAACUCUUCAUGACCCAUGGAGGUACCCACGGUAUCUAUGAAGGCAUCUGCAAUGGGGUUCCCAUGUUGAUGUUCCCCCUUUUUGGGGACCAGGGAGACAACGUGGUUCGCAUGGUGUCCCGGGGUGUCGCAGAGAAGCUCAGUAUAUUUGACGUGACGCCCGAAACACUGUUAGCGACACUGAAAAAAAUAACCAACGACAAUGGUUACAAACAGCGGAUGACGGAGCUGUCCCAGAUACAUCUGGACAGGCCCGUCCCACCUCUCGACUUGGCUGUUUUCUGGACCGAGUUCGUCUUGAGACACAAAGGAGCUGAACAUCUGAGGAUAGCUGCGCAUGAUUUGAACUGGAUUCAGUACCACAGCCUGGACGUCGUCGGCUUUCUGGCCGUCGUUCUCAUAAUUGUCUCUUGGCUGACACUGAAAUGCUGCCUGUUUUCCAUCCGUAAGUGUUGCGGAAAGAGAAUUACCAAGAAAAAGUCAGAGUAAAGUAUCCCACUAAGUGAGAGGUAUGAUCCGAGGUGUGGAGUUUCAUCGUGGUGAAUUGUGCUCUAUGGGUGUGUGUAUUUACAUCAUCUGUGUGCACCCAUGUGUUUGCAAGACAUUUCUGCAUUUGGCUGGGAGCACAUGUAUAAAAAUUAUUCUGGCUGUGAUUGUUUAAAGCCACUUAUCACUCCCAUAAAAAAUUGUAUUUGAAACAAAUACAUCAUUCAAAAAUAUAGCCAUUAAAUGCUUUGUAACAGUUCAAGCUCAAAGCAAAAACACACAUCUUCAUUAGUGUUUUCCAGUUAUUUUUUUACAGACCUGUGAAUUAAAUGUUGCUAAAUGAAUAGUCUUAUUUACAAAAGCUCCAUUUCCUAAGGUCCACUCAUCCUUACCUGAUAAUUUACUAUGUUUUGUAAGACUACAUGUCUUAAAAAUCAAAAACAUCAGUAAUGUACAUGUGUUUACAAAUGUGUUAUAAUUACUCUUAAUUUACUAUGAUAUUGAGAUGAUAUUCAUAGUAUCUAUCAAUCAGAAAGUGCUAUGCAGGCAAAAAAAUCAUCUUAUAGUAAUAAAGCCAGCAGCAUAUUGAAUAGCCUGUGACAUCAGAGUAAGGCAUUGAAGGACUGUAUGACAAGAUAAGACAACAGUUGAACAGUUUUUUUGUACAACAUGGAUGAAUAAGUGUUAACUAAACAGACAUGAUGCACAUCUGGAAUGGUAAAAUAGUUAACCUCUUACCUCUUUUAUCUCAGUUUAAACACUGUUUGUUUCCUGUAUAUUUCUUUCUAGGUAGUGUAGCUUCUUUGUGUAGCUCCUCUGUGAAGAAUCUUGAGGGACAUUUAGCUUUUUUCCUUUGUUUGGAGUUCUGUGUAUUGUACCCAUUACAAUAUGAUGGCGCCCAUCGAUCCACCAUACAGUAUUUGUUUAAAUGCCUUACGUGUGAACCCGACUUGGUGACCUAGGCCAUCUUUUUUCCUGUUUUGAAUUAUUCCUGGCACAGCUCUGCAAAGAAGAAUGCGUUUGAUUUUCCAAACAGAGAACUAUGAUCGCUAUUAUCAUGAUAAACAAUAUGUUAAUAUGGCACUAUAAACAAAAACAAAAAGGAAAUAUUAUAUAAGUCCAAAGACAUCUAUACUUUUAAAAACUAACAUAUACGUUUUCCGAAAUAGUAAGAAAUUGAAACCCAGAAAACACGACAUACUGCAGCUUGGUAUUGAAUUGUUUCUGCAAAACCUCCAUGAAAUGAGCCUAUAGGUGCUAAUAACCUGGUGCUCCACCUUUCACAUCUUUUUGCAGAACACAAAUUUCAUCGAAGGAUUUUUUUUUUUCUUCAUAUUUAAACUUGUUAGAAAUCUUGACUAAAAAUCAGUCCCAUUCUGAUUGUAUCAACUCACAGUUACAUAAAAGGGAAGGGAAGCGCUUGCACGUACUUCAACUUCCGUCAAAGAAAGUGAGAAGUAGCUGAGGUGUUGCAUCAGACCUAAGGGGGGGAAUAACUCAAUAACCCUCCCGUUCAUGUUUGCUGUUGAUCGACUACAGCCUGAGUAAAUGGCGAGGUCCAGUACUGACAGCUAUGUAUACUACUGCAUACUGCUACAUACUGUAAAUGCACUAACUCAUAUAACUCAGGUUCAAUAAAAACCUUUGUUGAUU